AUGAUUGAUUUAAAUUAUAAUUCAUUAUUAAUUGAUAUUUCUGUUCAUAAACGAGAAACAUUAAGUUCAGCAAGUGCAAUUGGAAAUGCUCUUGGUUCACUACCGUUAUUAAUUUCCUAUCUUAUUUGGAAUUCAUCAGAUCUUCGAUUAUUUCGAAUAUUUCUAACGAUUUUAACGAUAAUAAUUAUGUUUGGAUUUGUUUUUGUCACUCAAUCGAUGAAACGAGUUUUAUAUUAUUAUAAUAUUAAAUCUAUUGAAAGAAAUAUUUUUCAAGAACGUAUUCCAAAUCUUUGGCAAUUUGUAUUUCAUUGUCAUUUUAAUAGUAAUUCAAUUCCAUUAAUUCUCAGCAUAUUUAUUCCGUCAUCUUCAUUCGCCUCAAUUCUUCUUGGCAUUUCAUUUCUUAUUCCACAUCUUAGCAAUAUUUAUUUUGUUUAUUUAUGUAAAUCACAAGGCACUUAUUAUGUUAUUCGUAAUUUAUUUUAUAUUAAAUUAUUCUUUAGUUUAUAUUUAUUUAUUCAAGGAAAUAAUUCUACUUUGUUACUUUGUCUUUUUCUUGUUAGUAAUCGAAUGUUUACAGAAGGUAUAUGUAAAUUAUGCGAUUUAAUUAUAACAGAUUUAAUUGAUGAAGAUCAAUUUAUAUAUAAGAGAACUUCUCCAUUACCAGCAUUAAUCUUUGGUACAAUGACAUUUUUAUCUAAACCUGGUCAAACAUUAGCACCAAUAAUAAGUUCACGAUUAUUUUAUUCAUUUAAUAAUCAACAACAAGCUCUAUUUAAUAAUGUUAUUAUGAUACCAAUUAUAUGUUCAUUAUGUCAAAUAAUUCUUUGGAGAAAAUUUACAUUACAUGGUCAUCGAUUAAAGUCUCUUCGUUCUAUAUUAAAAUAUUCUAGUCAAACUAUGAUUAUUUAA